GCGGAGGACCAUUAUUGGUAUCACAGCCAGCUGACAGUGCAGCGCAAUGGAACCUGUACUGGACAUGGCGGAGGGCCUGACCGAUGUGAAGGAAGAAGAACCUUUGCUUGAGGAUGGCACUUUGAUUGCCGAGGCGCCAGCGGUGGAAGAACACAGAAGUGCUGAUGAUGGCGAGGAUGAAGGGCAGCAAAUGGUUGCAGCUGGGACCAUCAUAGCGCAGGAAACGGCAGACGAAUCAGAAGCUCCAGAAGCGGAGGAUUUCUUGAAUGUCAAAGAGGAAACUCAGGCGGACGGAGACAAUGCAGACUACCAGGAGGAGGAUCAAGAGAGCAAAGAAGAAGAUCUCCCCAUAGUGGGCACAAUAAUCGCAGAGGGAAAUGCAGAAGAAGACGGGGAUGCCGAAGCAGCUUCAACAAGUCGGCUUGCGGUCGAGCAGGAUUCAGUGCAUGAGGGAGUGCGAGAAAAGAGACGCCGCUCCCCAGAGCCGUUUGGCGAGGAUGAACAGAAGGCAAAACGCCUCAGAGAGAAGGAAUGGGAGAAGGUCGAGUCUCACGGAUCGACUCACUAUGGAAAUUGGAAGAACAAGCUAGAGCUUCAGCAAUCGUGGCUGAAAGACCCAGAAGAAGUGAAGAAAAGACUAGAGCAGGAGGAGAAAUGGAGAAACACUACUGUAGAUGGCUUUUUCGAUUAUGUGGAGUUGAACUUUUCUAAGACCAAGCUGACAAGUUCCGGCUUGAGGGAGGUGGUGAAAUUUUGCAAACAAUGCCCCGACCUGCGAGUCUUGAAGCUCUUUCAAAACGAUAUUGACGAUGAAGGUUGCUUCGAGCUGGCAGGCAUUUUCAAAGAGUGCACCCUCUUGGAGGAGCUCCAUUUGAGCCACAACUGGAUCACAGAGAAGGGCGUCGCCGUGCUUGCAGAGGCGGCACUUGAAGACCUGUCCACUCGUUUCUCUCGGCCUCUUUGGCUGAGGGUGGAGCAUAAUUAUCUUAGCAAUGCAUCAGGUUUCAUGGAGCGUCUCAAGACCAAAUACUACCCACAUAUUUGUGGCCGUGAUGAUCGCAGAGACUGUUCAAACAAAAGUUGCAUUAACAACUGCAGGAUCCACAUUCCUUUCCUGAUUGAGGAGAGGGGAGGAAAAGGUGGAGCUCGGUGGGGUCGUUCAAGUUGGGACAACAAUCACAAUGACAAUUGGCCUCAAUAUUCCCAGACUUCGCAGGCCUCGCAGUACAAGGCACGUCAGCCAUCCAGGAGCAGAUCCCCACAACACUGCCGCAUCCGCCUGAAAGAGCGCUCAUUCUCACCAACAAAGCCCAACCCUCGCUGGGAGCGGGCUGAGCCGCGCGCGGAGCGCAUGCCCGAACGUCGGGAAGUCUACUACGACGUCGAGAAAUACCGGCGGCCGAAAGCCCCUCCCCGAGCACCAACUCCACCGCCACGACCUCACAGAGAGCAACCUGUCAGGCGGAACCCUCCCAUUCCACCCAGUCGGCACCGCUCGCCACCCAGACGGAACCGGCAAGUGCCUGCAGAGACUCGUCAACCACAGAAGCCGCCGGUCAGGCAAUUUAGACGCCCUCCCUCCCCCCCAAAGCCAAAGCCAAAGGCUCAGCAGGUCACUUAUGCUGUUCCGGCACCUUUGCCACCUCAAGCGGCUGCCGACUCAGAUUACAGCUAUUACUACAGUGAAUAUAGCUAUGAUGAGGAUGAGCCACAACCUCCACAACCUGCCUGCGCUAUGCCAGUGGCUCGGCCACAACCAGUGACGGUUCCCAUGGCACCGGUGAGACAGCCACAACCUGUUCAGGCUCCACCCCGACCAGCUCGACCAAGGGUGCCUCCUAAGGCACCUCCCCGAGAAACUCCACGGGCACCACAAGGGCGAGCACGGACAGUGAACCGACGUGAAGCGCGACAACUUCAGGCGGAGCAGCACUUGGUUGAAAGGUACGAGGCUCUGAGCAGAAAUGAUGCAAGGCCAAGGCCAGCGAAACGGACUAGAUAGGAAACAGAUGGAAACAUCGAGAAUCACCCAAUUGGGUGACAGAUGGUGACAGGAACAUGCAGGAAAUGGCUUUUGACAUUCUUUGGCUUGAAGCCACUGGGGAAGCCCUGUGCGCCAGAGGGCCAUCACCAACCGACGUGCCAACUUUCAA